AUGGGGAUGACCACGAGAAGCCUGCGGGUGGGGCUGAACCCCCAGCUUCCAAACCCCCCAACCCGUCGCACAUCUCCCACCCCCGAAGCCGCAAACCCCACAAUCUCACCCGAAUACCCCAACGUUGAGGACUUUUCUCUCGCCGAGGAUGAUUCUCAUAAUGAGGACGAUUCUCACGUCGAGGAUGAUUCUCACGAUGAGGAUUACUUUCUCGUCUCAAUCACCUACGAUUACUCCACCAUCACAGCCCGAGCUCGUUCGUUCAAAGGAAUAGUGCUUGCUGGGGCCACUCCGCUCCAACUGGCCCAGAAUGGCUUCUAUUACCGACCUUCAGGAGUCAGCAAUGUGGCAUGCUGUUUUGCCUGCCAAUCGACCAAGCACUUAUCCACCUUCCAAUGCACCCCGUCCGAGGAAGUGCAACAGCUACACGAGGAAGACUGCAUAUGGCAGAUAAUCUCGUGCGAUUUGAAACACCACCUCGGAACUCACAACAAACCCCCCUCCUCAACCACCGCAUUCUCCUCCCCUAAACGGUUAACUCCUACCGCCGAUUCCAGUACACCAACUACAGACGACUCCAGUACAAAGACUCAAACUCAAUCCACGCCGAUCACAUCUACUACAGCGAAGGAAUGGUUGAACACCAACCUGGACUGCCGUUCCAAUCCGCUACCCGCCAUAAUAGACCCAGAGCCUCAACAACCUCCAACAGCCCACUCUCCCCAGCCUCAUCAAACGAUACCGUCCAUCACUUUCUCGCCCCAAAACCAACAAACAACGUAUGCUUUCGUCCUCCAGCGACCUGUCACAUCUAUACCGCAACCGACUCCUCCAGUGCAAGAACCUUUUCUUCCCGCCAACCCCAUACUCACAAUUGAAGAUCUUCAUCUUCGUUUUCACAAUAAACCGUCACCGUUCCAUCUCAAGAAUAAGACAAGCCAACGCUCAAUCAAACGAACUCGGAACAAAACCGCAUCUGUCACUCAGUCACUGUCCAGAUUCUUAGCCUCUGCUUUGCCCGCAUUCUCGCGGUUCCUAACAGAGAUGCAGCCAAAAUCGGAUACUUCGUAUCCGUCUCAUCCGCAAUUCCACUAUAGCCGCGCCAUGAGGGCAGCCUAA